CCCUGCUGCAGAGCCGUGGGGGGAGCCCGCCAAUCUCUCUCGCCGCUGCCGCCUCCUCCUCCUCCUCUUCCUCCGGGAGCGGCCGAGAUGAGCAGCCCCCGAGGACGCGGGGAGCCGGCGGAGGGCUUGUGCGCAGCGGCGGCGGCGGCUGAUGCUAGCAUGGCAGAGCCCGCAGGAGACACUGGGGAUGACUCCAGCCCCUUCUCCUGCCCUUCCUGCCACAUCAUCUUCAAGGACCCCUCCGAAUUAUCCGCUCACACCACUACUUGUUUCUCAGAGCGAGCCCCCAGUUCGGCCGGCCUUGCCACCACUCCCGCCAUCGGCCAGGAGCACUCCAGCGUCUGCUCCUCAUCCUCCUCUUCCGUUGAGAUCCAUCCUGAAAGUUCUCCAAGCAUGGACGUGGAACCGGGGCCCUUGUUGACUGAGCCAAGCCAAGAGCCCGCCUCUUCCCGGCCCCCUCCUCCACCACCCCCAACCCUGCCUCCCCCCACUACUGUCCCCACCGGGCAUCUCAACAUCCCUCUCAUCCUGGAAGAGUUGCGUGUUCUGCAACAACGCCAGCUUCAUCAGAUGCAGAUGACCGAGCAGAUCUGCCGCCAGGUGUUGCUCUUGAGUUCAUGGGGGCAGGUCGGGGCUCCGGCCUCCACCACAGAACCUGCUCCGGUGGCGUCUGCCCCACCAAAGCCCCCUUUGCCUGUCUUUUCCAUCAAGACCGAACCUGGGAGGAACCAGGUAUCCGCCUCUCCAGAUGUGCCCAAGCCGGCAUUCUUCCAUCUCUACCACCCGUUCCCUGGUGGCACCAGGGUACCCAAAGCUGAGCAGCUCCUAGCUCCAGCCUUCCCUACAGCCACAGGUGUCUUGGCAGCCCAGUGCUUAGGGACUGCCCGGGGUCUCGAGCAGGCCACAUCUCCGGGACUCUUGCGACAGAAGAAUGGAGGAGGAGGAGGGGGAGGAGGAGGAGGAGUGGGAGAAUCCAACUUGGAAGGUGAGAAACCAAGUGGGCGCCACAAAUGCCGUUUCUGUGGGAAGAUCUUCGGCAGCGACAGCGCCCUCCAGAUCCACCUGCGCUCCCACACCGGCGAGCGUCCCUACAAGUGUAACAUCUGUGGGAACCGUUUCACCACCCGAGGCAAUCUUAAGGUCCAUUUCCAUCGUCACCGGGAGAAGUACCCUCAUGUCCAGAUGAACCCUCACCCAGUCCCGGAGCAUCUGGACUACGUCCUGACCACUUCGGGGCUCCCUUAUGGCAUGUCCGUGCCACCUGAGAAAGCUGAAUCCGGAGAGGAACAUGGGGCCCUCCCUCCGGCUGAGCGCAAGGCCCUGAGUGCCACCGAGAGUCUGAGCCUACUAUCCGGCACAGCUCCUUCGGCCACAGCUCAAGCUUUGCCCGGUUUCAACAAGCUGGUCCUGAUGAAGGCAGUGGAAGCCAAGGGGAAGGGGGACGAGAACACCCCUCCUGAAUCAGAGGCAGAAGGGACCCGUCUUCAGCUGGGGAAGCUUGUGGGGGCUUUGCCCAGCUGGGCUCUGUUGGCCAAUCACUUCAAGGCGGGCCCAGCCAUGGGGCCCUUCCCCUACGUCCUGGAGGCCUCUCCCUCGGAGACCUCCAAGCUCCAGCAGCUGGUGGAGAAGAUCGACCGCCAAGGAUCCUCGUCCUCCUCAGGCAUGGCCCCUGUGGCCCCAUCCACAGCCGGGUCCUCGGUGUCGUCUUCUCCGUCGUCUUCAGGGCCCAAUCAAUGUGUCAUCUGCUUGAGGGUCCUCAGCUGUCCCCGAGCUCUGCAACUUCACUACGGGCAGCACGGGGGCGAACGCCCCUUCAAGUGCAAGGUCUGUGGGCGAGCCUUCUCCACCAGGGGGAACCUGAGGGCCCACUUUGUGGCCCACAAAACCAGCCCGUCGGCCCGAGCACAAAACUCUUGUCCCAUCUGUCAGAAGAAGUUCACCAAUGCCGUGAGCCUCCAACAGCACGUCCGAAUGCACCUGGGUGGGCAGAUCCCCAAUGGAGCUCUCCUGCCUGAGCCUUCAGCCCCAGAGGGGGCCCCAUUGGGAGAAGGGGAGAAGCCACGGGAGCAGCCACCUGUCCCCCAGGAGGAGGAGCUGUCAGAGGAGGAGGAGGAAGAAGAAGAGCCCACCGAUGAAGACUCAGUCGAAAGCAUUGGAGAAAAAGCAGAGCAGAUCUCCAGCCCUGAAGGUCUGGGUCCUUCCAAGGAAGGGGAGGAAAUGGGGCAGCCUGAGGGGGAAGAGGGAGGACCCGGAGCACUCUCCUCCUCCCCACUGGGGCCCCAAAGCCCUCUCUGUCCCUUGAAGGAUAGGGAAGAGAAGGCCGAUAUGGAAGAAGAGGAUAGAGGAACUUUCCCGGUGGAAGAAGAACCAGAGAAGGACAAAGGAGAAGGUGGUGGAGAAGGUCCAUCUGAGAAGCAACAGCAUCAGGGCAGCCAAGCCAAAGAAGAACCAGUGCUGAUCUGUGGGAUUUGCAAACAGCCCUUCACCGACAGGGCGGCUUUGCGCAAACAUGCAAUGACUGCCCAUCCCCAGGUUCAUCUGGGGAGCCACGUUUGGAGCAAUAACCAGGCGCGGCGGGGACGGCGCCUGCCUCUGGAAGGGCCCCUGCCGGUGCUCUCUGGGGGCCAAGUCAAGCUGCAGGACUUCCUGGGGCGGGACAUCCCAGCCCAACUGGUAGGGGUGGGUCCCCUGUCCUUCUGGAAUCAGUAUACCGCCUUCGUCUCGGGGGGCCUGCCCGCCAAGCCUGCCCACAGCACAGCGGCUUCCAUCGUUUCAUCUUCCUCCUCUUCGUCCCCCAACGUGACCCCACAAAGCCUCUUUGGAUCGAGCAACGUGCCUGGGAAGGUGGUCCCCGCAGAGUCCAAGGAGAAGCCUCCGGUGACUAACUUACUGCUGCUCUCCCCGCCGGCAGCCCCCGUUUUGGAAACGGUCCCCGAGAACCAAGGAAAGGGGGAGAAGUAAACCCAGCUUCUAAGUGAUCCACUCAAGAGGGACCAAGUACGCGGCAGCAAUUAAACCUUAUAUCUGACGAUGCAAAUUGAUACGGUUCCAAUAUAAUUUUAGCAACUUUUUAGUGUUUUACUUUGAACGUAGUUUGGAGCUCUGUCGUCCGAAAGGCAGGAUCCUGACCCGAGGCAGGGAAGGAUGGUCCCUGCCUUGUAUCUUUGAUUUUGUUUUUUUUGUUUUUUUAAAGAAACUUCCCUUUCAUGUAGAACAGGAUACCAAAUGGCCCCAGCCGAGGAAUUUAUUCCCUCAAUAAAGGAAAUUUGAAAGAAUGAUCGAGUCUGUGGGUUUUCUUUC